AAGAAGCAGUUGACUUCCUCGGUUCUUGGUACUUCUCAUUUCCAGGUCCUGUUUUGACAUGGUUUUGUAAGAAUCUGCAGUAUUUCAUCUGGAGCCUUGUACAUGACAGGAAGCACAGGGGAUUUUUAUCCUGAUAUUUAUCCAUUUUCCUUGAGAACCUGGUGGGAUUUCUGGAAGUAAAACUCACAAAUGUGAGAGAGACUCCUACAACCCCAUUCAAGAGUUCUAACUGUCAAGAUUGUCCACACUGAGUUUCUAGCAAUUCAUCCGUCACAGUACUCUUUGGACUUCAGCAUGAUCACUUCUCAGUUGCUGGCUUAUGUGGCAAUUUCGGUUUUCUGUGUCUUAAAAGCCAGCUCCUUGGAUACUUUUAUUGCAGCUGUUUAUGAACAUGCAGUGAUACUGCCUGAUACUACCCCGACCCCAGUGUCUCGUGAAGAAGCCUUGGUAUUCAUGAAUCGAAAUCUUGAUGUUUUGGAAGGAGCAAUCAAAUCAGCAGCAAGUCAGGGCGCACAUAUAAUUGUGACUCCAGAAGAUGGCAUUUAUGGUUACAAUUUCAGCAGGGAGUCUAUCUACCCAUACUUGGAGGAUAUCCCCGACCCUCAGGUGAACUGGGUCCCCUGUAAUAAUCCUAACAGAUUUGGCUACAAUCCAGUACAAGAAAGACUCAGCUGCCUGGCCAAGAAUAACUCUAUCUAUGUGGUGGCAAAUAUAGGGGACAAGAAGUCAUGCAAUGCCAGUGAUCCUCAAUGUCCCCCUGAUGGCCGUUACCAAUAUAACACUAAUGUGGUGUUUGAUUCUCAGGGAAAACUGGUGGCACGCUAUCAUAAGCAAAACCUUUUCUUGGGUGAAGAGCAAUUCAAUGCACCCAAAAAGCCUGAGAUGGUGACAUUUGAUACCACCUUUGGAAAGUUUGGCAUUUUCACUUGCUUUGAUAUCCUCUUCCAUGAUCCUGCUGUUGCCCUGGUGAAAGAUCUCCAUGUGGACACCAUACUCUUCCCAACCGCUUGGAUGAAUGUCCUGCCACAUUUGUCAGCUGUUGAGUUCCACUCAGCUUGGGCUAUGGGCAUGGGAGUCAAUUUCCUUGCAUCUAAUAUACAUCACCCCUCAAAUAGAAUGACAGGAAGUGGCAUUUAUGCCCCUGAUUUCCCUAAAGCAUUUCAUUAUGAUAUGAAGACACAAGACGGAAAACUUAUCAUCUCAACACUGGAUUCCCAUCCAGCCCAUUCCACAGUGAAUUGGGCUUCUUAUGCCAGCAGGAUAGAUGCAUUCCCAGCAGGAAACCAGCAGUUCAAGGGUACUGUCUUUUUUGAUGAAUUCACCUUUGUGGAGCUCACAGAAAUCACAGGAAAUUACACAGUUUGUCAAAAAGAUCUCUGCUGUCAUCUAAGCUACAAGAUGUCUGAAAAGAGAUCAGAUGAAGUUUAUGCCCUAGGGGCAUUUGAUGGACUGCACGUUGUUGAAGGGAGCUAUUACCUACAGAUUUGUACUCUGCUGAAAUGUGAGACCACUGACUUGCGCACCUGUGGUGGUUCAGUUGACACAGCUUCCACCAGGUUUGACUCGUUCUCCCUCAGUGGCACUUUCAGAACCCAGUAUGUCUUCCCUGAGGUAUUGCUGAGUGACGUUCAGCUUGCACCUAAAGAAUUUCAGGUGUCAAGUGAUGGACGUUUGUUUAGCCUGAAGCCAACAUCUGGACCUCUGUUAACGGUCACUCUCUUCGGGAGAGUGUAUGAGAAGGAUCCAGCAACAAGUGGGUCACCUGACCUGACAGAGUAUGCAGGAAGAAUAAUGUUAGUAGUUAUGACACCUAUUGUGUACUCAUUAUGUUGGUAGAAUAUUUACAGUUUGUCUUUUAUUUGGGAUAAUUUAAAAAAUGGUGAACAAGUAAAGGGUUUGUCUUGGCUUUUGCUAAUAGUGGCCUCUGGUAUAACUGAAUGAAAAAUAUUUCUCUUUAUUUAGACACACACCAGAUUAUGUAAGAUUAAAAACUAUCUAUUAAAAAUUGUCUGUAUUUGAACAUAAGUCUUUCUAGGAACUGGAUUAUUUGUGCCAAAUAAAUAUCAUGAACAUUUUAUGCAGAAGAAAUAAACAUUAUGGUUAAGAAAAACACUACAAAACCAUUACAAAAUAUACUUACAAGAAGUUUGAAUUCCUUACCACUUUUAGUAAAAUGUAUCUCUCAUUCAGUUCUGCUUAAGAUUUUCAAUGGUUUUAUUUGUUGGCUGGGCUAAUUAUUUAUAUAAACAUUAAUUUCAGUUCUCUUGAUGGGUUGAAUAUAUCACUGAAAAUUUAUAAAUUGAAGUCCUUAACUCCCAAUAUCUCAGAAUGUGAUUAUAUUUGUAAAUAUGAUCUUGAAAGAGGUAAAAUGAGAUCAUUAAGGUGGACCCUAAUCCAAUAUGACUCAUUUCCAUAUAAGAAGAGCCAGUAAAGACACAGACAUAUACAGGUGAAGACUGUAAACACCUGCAAGCCAAGGAAAGCCUUAGGAGAACCCAAACCUACCAACACAUUGAUCUGGAACUUAUAAGCCACAGAAUCAUGAGAAAAUAAAUUUCUGUUGUUUAUAUCACCCAGUCUGUGGUAGUUUGUUGUGGCAGUCCUACCAAAAUAAUAAGUCCCAUCCUCCCCGCUUGCUCGUCCCCCACUGUAUGACUGUAUGGUAUAAAAUGGUGGAGUACAGGGGUGGGCAAGAAAGGAGGAUAGGACUUAGCAUUUAUUUGCUUGGGAUACUGAUCAAGAGACCAGACUGCUCUACAAACAGAGGGAGAUGUGAGCUUUUAUUGAUUUGAUUUGCUAUAGUGGGCUAAAGUCUGGGCAUUUUUCCAUUGGUCAGAGGUAUGGUUCCAAAAGAUGUUUCUUUUUUGUGAGACUUGGACCAUGGGGCAUGAUAGGAAACAGAUAUGAGCCGUGGAAACAUGGAGUUAAGGGCAUAAUUCUAUAAACUGGGCCACUGUGCCUACCCCAUAUGCUUUCUUUUAAAAAGCAAUUUACCUGCAGCCCUGCUGGCUUAAGUCAAUAGGAUGCUAUAUUCCUUUACAAUCUGUUAUCUUCCAGAGAAAUGCAGGCCAGAAAUGGCAAUAAGAACAACACAAGUUAUCUUUGGGGGAACUUUUGUGGCCCUUACAAAGACAAGGUUCCAGAAUGCAGGGAGACAAGGAUAAUUCUCCUAAUCAUAAAAUCUGUCAGAACAGGUUAGAACUGGUCAGCAUGGGACAAAGUGACCUAGAGUUGCCUCAGACAUUUACUGUGUACAAUAGGGACAUGGAAGUCUAAUGCAAUACUGAUGUUAGUCAAAAGUCAAGAGGUGAACCUGAGCAGGAUUCUCUGGAAAUUUCCCUGGGAUCCCCAAUAAAACCGGAGGGCAUGAAGGGCAUGUCAU